AUGAAAUUUAAAAAUUAUUUAUUUAUUUUUAUUUUAAUAAUUAAUUUAAUAAAUUGUCAAAUCUAUUCAAUCGACCAUGUAGAGAUCACAGAUGUAACAUAUUUUUCAAAAUACAAUGAUUCUUUAAAUGGUUGUAAUACUACACUCUUAAUUAAAGUAGAUCUAAAAGAUAAUUUAGCAAAACAAUUUCCCUUAGAUAAUUUUCAAUCAACAGAUCCCUCUAUUAUAUUAGAUUCAGUUGUAACAAAUAUUUUCAAAAAUGAUAGUAUUGCUAUUUUCCAAUUGACCUGUUUAAACACAAAUAUAAAUUUAAAACAAUUAUCAAUAGAAGGUAAAAGUACUGCAAAUUCUUCUAUAAUACAAAUUUUUGGCAAUAUCAAAGAAUUAUCUUGUAAUGCUCCACCAACAAAUUUAGGAGUUAAAGUCAAUUACACAAACUCUAUACCCAUCGAUAGAGCAAACGACUUUUUGUUUGAAGUUGCAUUAUACCUUGAGAAUGUUGCAAAUAUUCUUUUUAUAGAUUUUAUGAUCACCUCAGAUAAUACUGCAUUUUCUUUGGAAUAUGAAAAAUUAUCAAAUAUAGAAUAUAUUUUAAAAUUUAAAAUUGCUAAUGCAACCAAUUUAACCGAUAAUCAAAUAAUUAAAAUUACUCCGAAGAACCAACUUUCAACUUCUGCACAGACAAGCUUUUCUUCAUUUACCAUCAAUCCAAUUAUUAAAAGAUCAUUAAAUAAUCAAUAUUCAGAUAUUAAAUAUUAUGCAUGGUCUGAUUCAAAUGAAAAGUAUGGUUAUUAUUUAUUUAAUGUAAAAAAUGAUAAUAAUUUUGUUCCAAUGGUUGGUUAUAAUUCAGAGACUACUUCAAUCGAUGACUCUUUAAAGCAUUUAAUCAAAACUGCAUACCCCAUUUCUGGUAAUCAAACUGACCUAACAUUUAUUGGUUACUUUAAAGCACCCGUUUAUACACCAAAUUUGGUUCAAGAUGUAUUUUCAUUUUUCUCAUCUAAUGAAAAUCAAACUGAAAUACAUACAUCCUAUCCAGUUUCUCCACCAUUUAAUACAGGUUUUACUGGUUCUUUACAAAGUAGUUCAGUUGAUGGGCCAUACUACUUAACAACGUACUAUUCAAUCUAUUCUGAAGAAACUGGUAAUGAUGUACCUUUUCCAUAUAGUUAUUCAAUGCAAACUAUUUUAGAUUGGAAAUAUCAAAAUGAUUAUUAUCCACACUACUGUAUUAAAGAAUAUACUCCAAGCAGUAUAGUAUUCAGCCAUGAAACUUAUGCACCACAAUACUUUUUCAAUGGAAAACCAAAUCUACAAUAUAGCCGUAAAGCCUCAUUCUCUGGUAACCCAUACCAAGAUGUUUCAAUUGGAACAGUCUCUAAUUCUAUCGAUCCAAAUAUUGAAAAUAUUCCACCAAUUAUUUCAGAUAUUAAAUUAAUUCCACUUAUUGGAUAUGGCUAUAAUAUUAGAUUUACUAUUCAAUAUACAUCAGCUUUUACUUUUUCAUAUUUAAAAAUAAAUGGGCAAGUUUUAACAGCACUUAAUAUGGCAGCAAGUGGAAUAGUCGAAAAGUUAGUUAAUGAAAGUUUUGUUAUUUCGAUGAGAGAUUCUUUUACAAUUUUAAUUUGUGAUACAAUUUAUAGCUGUAAUGAAAAAACAUAUUACCCAAAGACCUUCAAUUCGUUAGGAUACAUACCAUUCCCAUCAUUAGUUUUACCAAAUUAUGAAAUUAUAAAUAUUUUUGAUAUCCAAUCAUUAUAUUUCCAAAGUUCAACCAUUAGUUUAAGUGAUCAAAGCUUAGAUAAUAGAGCCAACAAAGUAUUUUUGAAAGUAAAUACCGCAUCAAAUAAUUAUCCAAUUUAUUUUAAACUAAACAAAUUCUCGAAAGAUUUAAGACCAUUCAAAUUUAAUUCUAAGCUUGGUUUAUAUGAAUGUUCAUUUACCGUUCCAAAGAACUAUAUCAAUGGCAAACUAAAUUACUUUAUUGUUUUAAAUGAUAAAGAAUAUAGUUAUUCUAGUCUUUAUUCAUUGGUCGGUGGUGCAAAUUCUACGGUCACCGUUCAACAAUCUGCAACAGUUGAUGUUAGCCCACCAUUUGUUACCUCUAUUGUAUCAUUCCCAAGCUCACAAGUCGAAAUUAGUACUACAGUUACACAUUUUGGUUGGGAAAUAGAAAUUAAAGAUCAAGCUAAUGGCUUCGAGUAUGGUGAAAUUAAUAUUACAAGUACUCUUAAUCCAGUUCCAAGAACAUAUAAAAUUAAACCACAAUAUUUAAAUAACAAUAUCUAUACAAUUGAUAUUUCACCAAAUCAAAAUUGCACAACUCAAACUUAUUCAAUUAGUUCAAUUUAUCUCAGAGAUACAGAGGGAUAUGAAUCUUAUUCUUCAGAUCAAACAAUAUCAGCACUUUUCCAAGUUGCAAGCUCAAAUGAUUUUAAAGUUAAUGUUAUAUGUUCCUCGGAAUUCUAUGAAUCAGUUAGACCCCAGAUCACCGAAUUCAAUGUACCCUUUACUGAAUAUGAUUACAGUGUUGCACCCUCAAGCUAUCUAAUUCAAUAUAAAAUUAAAGAUUCAAGUCUUUUCGAUCCAAAUUCUCAAGAGUUCCCAACUGUAUACCUUCAAGAUGAUUUCGGUAAUUUAUUUGUCCUCUGUAAUAGUAGUAAUACUGGACCUUUAAAUGACUAUGAUGGUACUUUUUUGACUCUUAUAUGUGACACAUACCAAUUGCCUUUUGGAUUUGGAUAUCCAGGUUCUUUGUUGUUAUCAAUAUAUGGUAUUGUGGAUCAAUUUUCAAAUGUUGCUGGUUACGGAGGUUACUCUUUAAGUAACAGUUUCGGUGCAAACACAGUAAUAAAUACCAAAAUGUCUUCAGCUAAGCCAAUUAUUUCAUCAUCAAGUUCACCAGGACUCAUCAAUAAUGGUAAAAACGUUAUAAUCACUAUUUAUGGUGCAUUUUUUGGAACCCAACAAUCUGAUUUUUCUGUGACAAUUAACUCACCAAGCGACUCGACAUUAGUAAAUGGGGACGGAAUUAAUGUUUCUCCAAGCAAAUCUAGAAAUCUUUUAGGAGUUAAUGAUUUACCAGUCUCAGUUCUUUUAUAUACUGGCACCCAAAUAGUAGUUAAUGCAGAUAUUUCAUCCAUUGUAACCAAUACAGUUGAAAUUUCAUUCUCUAUUAAUGGCCAAACAUCAAAUACCUAUCAAUACAUUCUUCCUUCUACAUCUGUUGUUGGCUCAUCCGUUGAAAACUCUGAUAGUACAAUGGAUUCUACAAGUGGCAGUAAAGAUGUUGAUUGCAAGGCCCUUAAUGAAUGUGGCGGCCCAACUCAAGGUAUUUGCAUUGGUAAAAAUACUUGUACAUGUUUAUAUGGCUGGAUUGGUAUUAGUUGUCAAUCUAAACCAUUAGAGGGUGUUACUAUUUCCGUAGAUACUGAAAAACCAAGUGCAUCUUUAGCUCAAGAAGGCAGUGCUUAUAAACUUUUAAGUUUAAUUAAUCUUUAUCAGUUAAGAGAAAUUGAUAUUACUGGUAAAGUUAUAAACACAUUCGAUUUACAAAAAAAAUGGGAUGGUAAAAAACUAGAUACAAAAUCUCCAGAACAAUACCUCUUCUCGAAUGUUAUCAGAGAACCAACAACUAUAUAUUCAACAAUCAGCGUAUAUACUCAACAAUCAUCAUUUGAGUUUGCAGAUACUAAAUAUCAAAUUAAUCCAAAUUCAAUUAAAUUUACUGUUAAUAUUACUUCAUAUCAAUUUAAAUCACCAUUUAAUACUUUAGAGUUAAUUAUGCAAGCCAAAUUAGAUUCCAGCCAAAAAAAUAAUAUUUGUUCAAAAAAAACCACAACAUUAGCAACCGAUUCAGAUUUUCUCAGUGUUCAAUUGAAUGAAAAAUCAUUAUAUUGUAGAUUCUUAAAAAAAGCGCUUGUUGAUGGGGAACUAAAAGUACCAGUAGAGCAUGUAAACAAGAAUGAUGAGUUCAAUGUUACUCUUUCUGGUAAUUCGGGUACUUACUUUUAUGCUAUCGAGUUACCAGCCUAUAAAGACUAUAUUUUAAUCGAUCCAGAAACUAAAACUAUUACAGGGGCAGAUCAAAACGCAACAUGUGCCUCAAGUUCAAAUAGCAAAUUAAGUGGUGGUGCCAUAGCAGGUAUUGUUGUAGCUGGUGUCGCUGUUAUUGUAGUUUCAGCAAUUAUAGUUGGUUCAUUAGUAUUCAGAAAAUUCAGAUUCAGUAACUUUACUAUGGCUAUUCGUGGCUGGAACUCUAAAAGACGUUCUCGUAAGAGCUCAAGUUAUGGUUUAAAAACAUUUUAA